AUGUCUGGAGUUGAGACCUUCAAGCUUGGAGAUUGGAAGCUCCAGUCUGGGGAGACCCUACCUGAUGCUCAUAUCGCAUACAAAACCUUUGGCGAUGCCAAAUCACCAGUGAUUAUCUAUCCGUCCUGGUACUCUAUCUGUAACCAUGCUAUCGCUGAUAACGAAUGGCUCAUUGGUGAAAAUCAAGUCUUAAACCCAAGGAAAUAUUUCAUCGUUGUCACCGCCCUUUUCGGAAAUGGACAGUCGACAUCGCCAUCCAAUUCUAAUAUCAAGCCAUGGCCCAAAGUGACAUUCUUUGAUAACGUCAGCGCUCAGCACAAGCUAAUCACCAAACAUUUGGGGAUCGAGCAUGCUAGAGCAGUAAUAGGGUGGUCGAUGGGAGCGGGUCAGACCUACCAAUGGGCUACCACUUAUCCAACGUUCAUGGAUAUAUGUGUUCCUUUUUGUGGCUCGGCCAAGACUAGCUUGCAUAAUCAGGUUUUUCUCGAAGGAGUUAAAUCGGCUUUGCUAGCAGCUCGAAAGAACCCUUCAGCCGGUGUCUGCAAAAACACCGCGCUCUCGGCGGGUGAAACUUAUCGUACCUGGAGUGAAGAAGAGACCAGUGUUGGUUUGAAGGCACUUGGAAGAGUUUACGCUGGAUGGGGUUUCUCACAAGCUUUCUAUCGCGAGAAACUUCAUGAGAGUGUUUUGGGUUUCAAAAACCUAGAGGAUUUCAUGGUAAACUUCUGGGAGAAAUGGGCUCUCUCAAAGGACCCCGAAAAUAUGCUUGCUAUGCUGGAAACAUGGCAAGCUGGCGACUGCUCAAACCAAGCGCCGUACGACGGGGAUUUCACUGCGGCUAUGCAAGCAAUUCAGUGUAAAAUGCUAGUACUUCCAGCUAAGACCGACCUGUAUUUCCCGCCGGAAGAUUCGGAAAUUGAAGUCCAGAGUAUGAAGACCGGAGUCGGUAAGCUGGAAGUCUUUCCAUCAAUUUGGGGCCACUGGGCUGGUGGACCGGGUGAUAGCAAAGAUGAUGUCAAAUGGCUGAACCAGAAGCUCAAAGAGAUAGGGUUGUAA